GGAAGGCUGCGGUGCGGGCUGGAGAGUGCGUGUCUCUCGCGGGGAGGGGGUGACGGCGGGGCCAGUCGAGGAGCAGCAGCUGCGCGCCGCGCGAAGGGAUCCCAGCUCGAGCUCACGCGGGGAUUUUAAUCCGAUUCCGGCCGGCCCGGAUUUUACCGAGAGCGGGUUUUAAGGCGGUUCUGUCUCCAGCCUCGGGAGACGGGCAGGAUGUCCGAAGUGGAGCAGCAGGUGGCGGAUCCCGCCGACGCCACCCAGAACGGGCACGAAGCGGCCGAAGGCGCCGGGGAGCAGCAGGCCGAGAGCGGCGGAGCGGCGGCGCCGGUGGCCGCCAGCCAGAACGGAGCCGAAGGCGACCAGAUCAACGCCAGCAAGAACGAGGAGGAUGCGGGGAAAAUGUUUGUUGGUGGCCUCAGCUGGGAUACAAGCAAAAAAGACUUGAAAGACUACUUCACUAAAUUUGGUGAAGUGGCUGACUGUACAAUAAAGAUGGACCCGAACACAGGAAGAUCAAGAGGUUUUGGAUUUAUUUUGUUCAAAGAAGCUGGAAGUGUUGACAAGGUAUUGGAACAGAAAGAACACAGGUUAGAUGGGCGACUUAUUGACCCAAAAAAGGCCAUGGCAAUGAAAAAAGAUCCAGUGAAGAAAAUUUUUGUUGGUGGACUUAACCCUGAAGCCACAGAAGAGAAAAUCCGGGAAUACUUUGGAGAGUUUGGAGAGAUUGAAGCAAUUGAACUUCCAAUGGAUCCAAAGACCAACAAAAGGAGAGGCUUUGUGUUCAUCACUUUCAAGGAAGAAGAUCCAGUCAAGAAGAUCUUGGAGAAAAAAUUCCAUAAUGUUAGCGGAAGCAAGUGUGAGAUCAAGGUAGCGCAGCCGAAGGAAGUAUACCAGCAGCAACAAUUCAGUAGUGGUGGAGGAAGAGGCAGCUAUGGAGGAAGAGGCAGAGGUGGAAGAGGUGCUCAAAGUUAUGGCAAUUACUGGACCCAGGGUUAUGGGAAUCAAGGAUACGGCUAUCAGCAAGGUUAUGGUGGCUAUGGAGGCUAUGAUUAUUCAGGAUGUGGGUAUUAUGAAUAUGGACCAGGCUAUGAUUACAGUCAAGGCAGUGCAAAUUAUGGGAAAAGUCCAAGACGUGGUGGUCAUCAGAAUAAUUACAAGCCAUAUUGAUCAAAUUUAUUCAGGUAUGCAGUGGCAUGGUCUCUUUUAGAAAAUGACUGCAUAGGUUUUGUACUCAAUGCUGUAGAUGGAUAUUACAAUUAUGUACCAAAUUUAACUUUACAAUAAAUUUCUAUGGCCUGUUAAAUGUGCAUCUUAAGAGCUCCCUGGAAAUGUCUUACAUGUUUAAUAUUUACAGAACUAGUUGUCUAGACAGUGUGGUGUGUAAACUUCAGUCUUGCUGAAGAUAUUAAUUAAUGAUUUUAUUAAUAGGUUAAACUGAAACUGAUUUUUUGAGGGUCUGCUUAAAGCUGCAGCUCUGCAACUAGGGACUGCCUCUUGGAGUUUACUAUGGACUCUGCAUUACUCCAGUUGUACAGAAUGAGAUGUAUCUUAGGGAACCAGUGUCACUUUCCACCUUUUAUUUUGUAUUGUUUUUGUGUCAUACAUUUCCUGUAAUGGAAGUGUUAAUUUUACUGUACUUUUUGGUACCUUUUUGGAAUCUAAUGUAUUGUAAGGUAUUUUACAUGUGUUCUGAUUCACCAUGACAUGGAUAUUGAAGCUAUCCUAGCUUUUGAAAUAAAAAAGGUGUAAUCUA